AUGUGUGUGCGGGUUGGGAGGGAUCGGCACAUGAUUCAAGAAUUUUUAGUACGGUUUGAUCUAAUGCAAACUCAAAGAAAAUAUUACUUGGUUGAUUCAGGAUAUCCGAAUCAAAGUGGAUAUCUAGCACCGUAUAGGGGACAAAGAUACCAUCUAAAGGUAUUCCAAAAUGGUCCCGAUGUAUUGACGCCAUGGGAAGCCUUCAAUUAUGCUCACUCAUCUCUCCGCUUGGUUAUUGAGCGCACAUUUGGUGUGUUAAAAAAUAAGUGGCGCAUUUUAUCAACAAUGCCUCCUUACUCAUUUCGCACUCAAGUGAAGAUCGUGGUUGCCUGCGCAGUUUUACAUAAUUUCAUACGAUUACGUGCAUUGGCUGACCUGGACUUCACUGCAUAUAGUGAUGAUGACAACACUGUUCAUGUCUCAGGCAUGGAAGCCAGUACCAGCAGAGUUGGACCGAGUACUUCGGAGUACCAACCAUUCAUUGGUGAGGACCUAGAGAUGGGAGCUAUCCGCUAUAUGAUUGCGGCUGAAGAGUUUGCAUCGUACUAG